UGCUGGGUCCCGGGCUGGUGCUGGGUCCCGGGCUGGUGCUGGGUCCCGGGCGGGCGGAGUCCGUUUCCCGCCUCCUGGGGGCAGGGGCUGUGUCCCGGUCCCUGCGCCGAGGGCUCAGCAUCCUGGCUCUCGCCUUGCCUUUACCAUUCUUCCUGUCGCCGGGGUGGCGGGCCGGCCAGCUGGCGGCCGGGACAGACGACCGCCAUUCCCGUGUCGCUGCGCCCGCGGGGGCCGCCCGAGCCGGCCACCAUGCCGCUGGGCCUGAAGCCCACCUGCAGCGUCUGCAAGACCACAUCGUCCUCCAUGUGGAAGAAGGGCCCGCAGGGGGAGAUCCUCUGUCACCACUGCACCGGCCGGGGCGGCGCGAGCGGCGGGGGCGCCGGCUCGGGGGCGGCCGUCGGGACAGGGGGCGGCGGCGGUGGCGGCGGCGGCUUGGGCGCGGCGACCUUCGCCAGCACCUCGGCCGCGCCUCCGCAGAGCAAUGGGGGCGGGGGCGGCAAGCAGAGUAAGCAAGAAAUUCAUAGGAGGUCUGCUCGGCUCAGAAACACCAAAUACAAGUCUGCUCCAGCUGCUGAAAAGAAAGUUUCCACUAAAGGAAAAGGGAGAAGACAUAUUUUUAAAUUAAAAAAUCCCAUCAAAGCUCCUGAGUCUGUUUCCACCAUAAUCACUGCAGAAUCAAUCUUCUACAAGGGAGUAUAUUACCAAAUUGGCGAUGUUGUUUCUGUGAUUGAUGAACAAGAUGGAAAGCCCUACUAUGCUCAGAUCAGGGGUUUUAUACAGGACCAGUAUUGUGAGAAGAGUGCAGCACUAACGUGGCUCAUUCCCACUCUCUCUAGCCCCAGAGACCAGUUUGAUCCUGCAUCUUAUAUCAUAGGGCCAGAGGAAGACCUUCCAAGGAAGAUGGAAUACUUGGAAUUUGUUUGUCAUGCACCUUCUGAGUAUUUUAAGUCAAGGUCAUCACCAUUUCCCACAGUCCCCACCAGACCAGAAAAGGGCUACAUCUGGACUCAUGUAGGACCUACUCCUGCAAUAACUAUUAAGGAAACAGUUACCAACCACUUGUAGUUACAAAACUAAAACUGGAACUGGGAAUGUAGUUCAGUGGUAGAGCCCUUACCUAGCACGCAUGGUUACCUGGGUUCAAUCCCCAGUAUCGCCAUCCUGAAAAAAAUAUAGAACUGGGUUUUCAGUUUUUUUAAUUCAUACUACCAUGAGAAAUGCCAAGUCUUAUGAAAUUUUUACAUGGAAAAAUGACUAAAACAUUUUUCCCUACUACCCAGUAAUUAUUAACUUGUUUAUUAUUCAUUGCUUAGAAAAUUAUAAAGGAUAGAGAAGAAUGAAAUGUAUUUAAAGGUAAAUGAUGUUAUAUUCUGCAUGUAUGUCUUAACAGGCAAAGGCUGAAAUUUCCAGGAGACUGUUAAGAAUAUGUAAUAUCAAUUUUUCUUCAUAAUUUAUUUCUAAAAACAAAAUGGAUUGUAUUUUUAUACAAGUACAAAAUAUUAAAUUUCAGAUUUCUGAUCAAGGGCUUAAUCAAAUUAAAUGUAACUAUGACCAGCAAUAUCUAUCAAAAGCCACACAGCUUUAUUUCCUUAUCUAGAAAAUGCUAUGACAUUUCUGGCUGCUUUAACCCCAAGGAAAGCAAUUGGUGGAUGAUUUUAUUAGCCCAGACUUCUUAAAAAAAAAACUUUCAUAUGAUUCUUGUGUAGCAAACAGGCAUUCAGUUGCUCUCAAUAGAGCUUCUCUCACCUCUCUCCAUGAGACUGAGGCUUCCAGCCAAACCACUGAUUUGCAGUGCAGACAUCACCCUCCAGAGCACACAGGAGACUGCUGCUCAGGCAUCCCCACGAGAGAGUUUCCCAACUACUGGCAAACGGCAACUGGCAGUCAAAGGUGACUGAUCUAGACCAUUAGCUUUGAUAGUUAGAAAAGUCCACCCAAAGUUAAACCAUAUGCUCUGGACUCCUAUUAACAUGCUUUGGACUGGGAAGGCCUGUUCUCUGUGCUUCAAGUGCAGAUUGGUCCCUGAGGGAGCAGAAUGGUGAAAAGGAGAGAGAAGUGGGUCAGCAUACACUUGCCUUCUCUGUCCUGACUUAACCAGCAGUUUGCAACCUUAGGAGAACUUACGAGAAUAUGAUUUGAUCAUAAUGACUUUCACUGAAGCACCUUCAACUCUUACCCUUUUUCUUCACAAUUACACAGUGCUAUGCAGUUGGAAAGAGGCUCUGUAUAUACGGUCAUCUCUCUGUUUACAAAAGCUACAGUAAAAUUGAAUGUAAAUACCAUUUAAAUAAUUUUCUAAAUGCUAAUGUUUAAAACUUUUGGAUUAAAAUGUAUUUUUCACAGUGUAUUUACUUUGGAUUUAAGUUAAAUAGUUUAAAUGGGACUUUCUAGCCAGGUGCCAGUGGCCCAUGCCUAUAAUGCUAGCUACUUGGGAGACUUUGAUCAAGAGGAUUACAGGUGGAGGCUAGCUAAGGAGAAUAGUUCACAUGACCCCAUCUCCAAAAUAACCAGAGCAAAAUGGACUGGAGGCGUGGCUCAAGAGGUAGAGCACUGCUUUGCAAGCGUGAAUCCCUGAGUUCAUACCCUAGUCUCACACACACAAGAAAGUUUUCUUUCCAAGAAUGUUAUGAAAUAGAAAAACUAGAAUUGUAGUACUCAGAAUUUGGAGUGGGCAAGAUUCAUCAUCAAUAAGUAAUUUCAGGAAAAUCAAAUGAACAUUGAUACAUUUAUUAAAAUGAGGGCAUUUGAAAAACGUUUAUACUCUGACCAUUUAGAAAUUGGCAGAGACCUGUGUAGUCUUCACUUCCCUCUUCAACCAACCACAGUGACUUCCACUGUUGACAGGGCUGAUCUCUUCUGUUAUCUCCAGCCCUAAUGCGGCCCUAGCCUGCAUUCCCAGUCUGCUCUCCCUCUUCUUGCCAUUGAACUGUUGCUCCUGUAGAUCCACCUCAUUUUUCUGGUGCUG